CAAACUUCUUACUACAAAACUACGUCAGCACUUAAGCAGCUAUGCCUAGAUCUUACGUUUAAUUAUAUGUACGGUCUUCAUGUUUUUCUGAAUAAAUCAUUCGUUGCAAUUCUGACCACUAUAAUUUUUUUCCCCUUUAAAGCCUUAAACUAAAAAGGUAUGAACUGCUUUUCUUUCAGAGUUCAAAGAAACUUUCUACUUGACACAUAGGUCUGAAACCUAUGGAAGGGAACUAGCCGAUUACAUCGACCCUGAAAAGAGUCAAUCUCAGCGGAAUAUGAACUCAGUACGUAAAGAUGCACGAAAGACCGCUAAACACUUCGAGCAUCGUGCUAACAACUUUGCUAGCUAGUUGCAAGGAAAUAAAUUGAUGGAGCACUCAAGUGUAGUUAUACCUCUGUGUGUUCAUAAUUAUAAUUUUCGCCAUGCGCAUGCGUCAAGAGAGAUUGCCUUUAUGGUGUCAUUGACGAAGCUCGGACCAGCGAAAUAUGACGUUUAUAAUCGCUUCCAUCGGACGAACAGUCUGCUUUGUAGGAAGCAUUUAUUCAUGAACAUUUGACGACCUUGGCAGAAAUGAAUUCUUAACUUCAGACACAUCAUCAUUGUUAUCUUCUAAAGAUUUAAGACAGGAUGUUUUACAGAAGAUAUGCCCUUGUUUGUAUAAACCUAUGGUGAAUUUUUGGAAGAAGAAAAUUUCUCAAAAAGAAUUAAAGACAUUUUAAGGAGUCACUCUGUUCUGAAAGACAUGGCAAAAGAGAAAAAAAAGUUAUACAACUGUGAUGUGUGUAAAAAGUCAUUUUCUAAGGCAGUUACACUCACCACUCACAAAUGCAUUAAUUCCUGUCAUUGUGAUGUUUGUGGAAAAUCACUCUUUGAUAAGAAUACCUUAACUAAACAUAAACGCAUUCAUACAGGAGAGAAACCGUAUCACUGUGAUAUGUGUGGUAUGUCAUUUUCUCGUGCAGAUGGUUUGGCUUCACACAAAUAUAUUCAUACUGGAGAAAAGCCACAUAGCUGUGAAAUCUGUGGCAAAUCGUUUUCUUAUAAACAUCAUUUAGUUAGACACAACUAUGUUCAUACAGGAGAGAAACCACAUCAUUGUGAUAUCUGUGGUAAUUCAUUCUCCGAUGGAAGUACCUUAACUAAACACAAACGCAUUCAUACAGGGGAGAAACCAUAUCACUGUGUUAUCUGUGGUAAAUCCUUCCCUCAAAUUAUUCACUUAACUCGACAUAUAAAAAGUCAUACAGGAGAAAAACCAUAUAAAUGUGAUUUCUGUGAUAAAUCGUUCUCUCAAGCAUAUAUUUUAGCUAAACAUGUACGGACCCAUACAGGAGAAAAACCACAUCACUGUGAUGUCUGUGGUAAAUCAUUCUCUGAUAAAAGUAGCUUACGUAAUCACAAAGAGAUUCAUGGAGAAGAAAAACCAUAUCACUGCGAUAUCUGUGGUAAAUCAUUCUCUGUAAGUACUUACUUAGCCAAUCACAAACGCCGUCAUAGAGGAGAGAAACCUUAUACCUGUGAUAUCUGUGGGAAUUCAUUUACUGUAAAAGGUAGCUUAACUAACCACAAACGCAUACAUACAGGAGAGAAACCAUAUCACUGUGAUAUUUGUGGUAAAUCGUUUUCUGUGAAAAGUGUCUUACAACAGCACAAACGCGUUCACACAGGAGAGAAACCAUAUCAUUGUGUAAUAUGUGGAAAAUCUUUUCCUCAGGUUAUUUAUUUAACCAGGCAUAUAAAAAGUCAUACAGGAGAGAAACCAUAUAAAUGUGAUUUUUGUGAUAAAGCAUUUUCACAAAAAUUUAUUCUUAUUAAUCAUGUUCGGACCCAUACUGGAGAAAAACCAUUUCACUGUAAUGUCUGUGAUAAAUCAUUCACUGAUAAAAGCAACUUAAGCAGGCACAAGCAGAUUCACGAAAGAACGAAACCAUAUCACUGCGAUAUUUGUGGCGACUCAUUCUGUCAAAAAGAAAGCUUAACUGAACAUGCAUGCAUUCAUACAGGAGAUAAACCAUAUCAGUGUGAUAUUUGUGGUAAAUCAUUCUCUCUACGAGGUACCUUAAAACAACACAAACGAAUUCACACAGGAGAGAAAGCAUAUUGCUGUUAUAUCUGUGGUAACUCAUUUCUUAUAGCAAGUAACUUAAAGAAACAUAUGUCUAUUCAUACUGGAGAGAAACUAUAUCAAUGUGAUAUUUGUGGCAAGUCGUUCUCUCAGAUUGAGAACUUAACUGAACACAAAUCCGUUCAUACAACAGAGAAGUAAUAUUAUUGAUAGUUUUUGUUACAGUCUCUCACUUAACUGUACAUAUAGUUAUUGUAUUGAUGUCACAGCUCAGUCUGUGAAACUAAAUUGUAAACAUACAUUAUAUACACAGGUAAUAAAAUAGUGUGGUAACAAA